AAUCACAGGAUCCGAUUUGGUCACGUGGUGCAAUGUGGUGCUAGUGCGUGAAAACCACGUGUAUACGACCGUGUUGAAAACAAUAAUAUUGAACAUCUGUGAUAUUGAAGCAGAUAGAAAGUCACACAAUGCCACCGAAACAUAAUUUCUCGAAAGAGACAGAUUACCGUCUGAUCGACCUUGUGGAAUUAAAACCACUUUUUUGGGACUGUACAAGCCACUUGUACAGACGAACACAUCUUAAGAUUGCAGUAUGGGACGAAAUAGCCGAGCAGUUGGGUUCAGAUUUCACAGGUGUUGUUGUAUCAAGCCGUUUUAAAAACAUGAAGGAUACAUUUGCAAGAAAUUUAAAAGUUAUGAAAGAAUCAAAGCGCAGUGGAGCUGGCACAGACAAUAUAUACAAGCCCAAGUGGCACAUGUUUGAGAGAUUAAUGUUUCUCCAAAAGAGUUGUAUCCAAGGAGACUCACAAUCAAAUAUUUCCCCCAUCCAGCUAGAGACAACUGCAGCAUCAGAUUCAGAAUCUUCACAAAUCAGUAAUGAAGCGAAUGAUAACACAUCAUGUACACAAAAUACACCACUUAUCUACCAUGAUGAAGCAAUGCAGGAAUUUGCGAUAAUACCACCUGAAGUAAAUGUAGGAAGUACACACUUGACAUCUUCUGAUCCAAAUUCUUCUAGUGUAUCUGCAUGUAGCGAUUUUGAACCAAUUGCACCUCUACCAGAAAAGAGUCGUCACCUCAAUCUCUCCCAAGGCUGGCAUCUAAUUCUGCACUCAGCAGCAUCACUCAAUCUUCUCAACAACAACAAAAUCCUGUUACUGUAUCCAACAAGCGAUCAUCAGAAAACCAAGAGCAAUUAUUUUAUAAGAGAGAAUUGA